UCGUAAACAAUCUUUCGCAUCGGUGGUUUCGAACAUUCGAACAUUCGAACAUGUUACAUUGAAAAUGCCGAAGUGAUUUUUCGUUUUAAAAAUAAAUUAAAAGAGAGAUUUAACACAUAUACAAAAGGAUAGCUUUAUGUUUCACAAAGAGUAUGUAUGGAUAAGUAAACAACCAGGGACUGCGCAUGAAUAGGAUACAAUAAACAUGGUGUCGUUGCGUGUAUUUUUAUUGGCUUUAAAUUGUUGCAUACUAAUAAGCAUCACGUGUGGACUUAAAUUAAAAACCCAGGAAAAACUUAAACGACUGCGUGCAAAACACACAAAUAUAUACAAAGACUUUAUAAGAGAAAAACAUAACGGCACAACGUUAGAUAUAAUAGGCAAUGCACCGAUAGCAAACAACACAAAGCGUGAGUAUGUGUAUUACCCAGAAGAGGGUGGUCAUAGAAGACAUAUGCACGGUCACUUCCACGGUUUUCAUCACUUUCAUGAUAUGGGAGGUUACGGCGGUGGUGGUGACGGUGAUGGCGAUGGUUGUUGUGAUGGAUGCUCGUGUGGAGGGGAGCAAGAAGAAACACCAGAAUAUACGCACACGCACCAUGUAGUGCGUUAUCAUCACCAUGUUGUUCAUGGUCGGUGCGAGCCAAGUCCCUGCUUAAACUCCGGAACUUGUACUAUUCUAGCGCACGGUUACGAAUGCACGUGUCCAGUAGGAUAUUUAGGAAUACAUUGCGAAACUCGAAGUCAAUGCGAGCCAAAUCCUUGUAGGAAUGGUGGAACUUGUUACGAUGUAGGAGGAAGUUUUGAAUGUGUUUGCCAGACUGGUUAUAAAGGUCUUCAUUGCGAAGAGGAGAAUAAAUGUCACCCUUCACCUUGUAAAAACGGAGGAACGUGCACCGAAACAGAAGAAGGAUAUGAAUGCUCGUGUAAGGAAGGAUACAAAGGAAAAAUAUGCGAAGAAAUUAACCAAUGCAGCCCUAGUCCUUGUAAAAAUGGUGGAACUUGUUCAGAACGAAAUGGUAAAUUUGAAUGUACUUGCACAAUUGGAUUCAAAGGCGUGACGUGCGAAGCUCGAAGUAGUUGCUCGUCUAAUCCUUGCCUGAAUGGUGGUACAUGUAACGAAGAAAAUUUUGGUUACUCCUGUACAUGUAGAAGCGGGUACAAGGGAAACAACUGCCAAGAUCAUGUUUGCCAUCCUUCUCCAUGCGCAAAUGGAGGAACCUGCUAUGUUAAAAAUGGAUCUCCUUACUGCGCAUGCUCAGACGGAUUCAUUGGUGACAAAUGUCAACUUGCAAGUCCGUGCGCUGCACAGCCAUGUCUUAAUGGAGGUACAUGCUAUGAGUACUUUAACACACCCGAUGGCGGUGCACCAAUAGGAGGAUUGAUUGCUGGAACAUCACCUUUGUACCACUGUCAUUGUCCUGAAGGAUUUACAGGAAAAAAUUGCGAAGAGGAUGCGUGUCGCUUCUGUGAUCCACAUGCAGUGUGCGAAAGAGGGCGAUGUAUUUGCAAAGAUGGAUACACAGGAGAUGGAAAAGUUUGUAUCAAAAAAAGCAUGUGUCAUCCCAACAACCCGUGUUUGAAUGGUGGUACAUGUAAAGAUUAUUUAGGUUCAUACGAUUGUAUAUGUCAGACAGGGUGGACUGGUGAACAUUGCCAAGAUCGCAAAUUUUGUGAACCUAAUCCUUGCAAAAAUGGCGGUACUUGUAUUCCUCUUACUGGCAGUUAUAAAUGUUUAUGUGAUGGAUACAAAGGAAAAGAUUGCGACAAGCCAGAUCCUUGUGAACCAAACCCUUGUCAACACAAUGGAAGAUGCAGUGACUUCAAUGGUGCACCCACGUGUGAAUGUGACGUCAGAUACACUGGGUCGAAAUGCGAAGUUGAUAACUGCGAGAAUUGCCACACUUUCGCUCAGUGUGUAAACGGUAGAUGCGAAUGUAGUCCUGGGUACGAAGGUGAUGGGAAAGAACGUUGUGAUAAAAUAGAGGAGAAACAUCAAGAUCCGUGCGUGAACAAUAUGUGUGAAAAUGGAGCACAGUGUAUGGCUGAUGGAAGUAAUAAUUAUAAAUGCAUAUGCCCUGAUGGAUUCGAAGGGCGUUACUGCCAAGAUCGUGUUAGUGGAGGUCAUGCAGACCCGUGUGCGAACAAUCCAUGCAGUAAUGGCGGCACGUGUAUGGUGGUUGGUGAUUCUUUUCAAUGUAACUGCCCACCAAACUUCAAAGGUCCCAGAUGUGAAGAAAAAAUUGGUUCAGCUGAGCCAACAGUAUGUCAUCCGAAUCCAUGUUUAAACGGUGGCAGUUGUAAGGAGAAUGGGAACGGGUUUGAUUGCAUAUGCGAUAUACAAUACACCGGCAGUCUUUGCGAAGUGGAUAAAUGUGCGAAAUGCGAUGCUCACGCAAAAUGUAUUAAUGGUCAUUGCAAAUGUCGAACAGGCUGGGUUGGCAAUGGAUAUGAAUGCGUCAAAGAUGACGGUUGUGGCGGCAAAUGCGGUAUCUAUGCCGAAUGCGUCACUCAUGCGUGUCAGUGUCAACCAGGAUAUGUCGGGAAUGGCUACACGUGUCAAGCGGCUUCUGCUGCCCCUCCGCCACCGCCACCGCCACCGCCACCACCGCCUUCGUCGUGUGGAUAUUGUGCAGCUCCACAAGAAUGCAUGCCUUCUGGAUCUUGUGGCUAUCCAGUGAACUAUAAAAGGAAAAACGUUCCCAAGCACAUAACAAUUUAAUUUACCAACAAAAAUUCGUUUCUGUAAAGUUCUAUGCGUGGGAAUAAAUCUAAAAAUUACAGACUGGUCUGUAAAAUUUUUUUUCGAAGCUGAUCAAUCACCACCGCGGAUCUAAAAUUGACUUUUUGUACAUUUUUUCGCACUUACCUACUGUUAAACUUGAAACAAACGUGGAAGAGUGCUUGCAGAUACACACGCGAAGAAAAUUUAAAAUAAAAAUGUCAGAAGAAUCAUGAUUAUCAGAACUUGAUUCAACUUUUUUUUCGUUAAAUGAAAACUUAUGAACUUGUAUAUUAUUAAAAAUUCGAAAUCUGGUUAAUAAACAAACCGGGACCACCCAGGUGCCAUUAAAGCUAUGUAAAACAUCUUCUUAUAGACUGUUUAAAAAUAUUUUUAUAUAUACAUACAUACACGCUAUAGAAGUUUAUUUUUUACGAUUGUAAUUACCACAUCACGACACGAAAACUUCCUACA